GGCAAACAAGAUGACUGCAGCAUCCUAUAAUUUUGACGGUGGACAGAGCUAUGCCACCAAAUGUUUCCCAGCCCGGACGUUACUGCAUCGAAGAAGAGAGGGUGGUGGUCAUUGGCUUGUGGCUUACGGAAAGCAAGAGGAGCAGAAAUACAGGACUGUGCAUCGAAGAAUAAAAGAGACGUAUAGAGAACGUGAGGAGGACAGGGGUGCUGACACACCUCAUGGUAACACAUUAGACGGACCUUUCCUGCUCCAGUUACACUGUGUUGAUAAGCCGUCUGAGCUCUGCUCUGUUGACGUCAGCGAGCAGAAACUGAGCUCUGUCAAGCCAGAAGACCUCAAGGUGUUUGACAAUGUAGCUUAUGUCGAUGCAUCUAUUAACGCCCUCUCUUUAGGAUGUUUCAGCAGUUUUGCGUCUUUAAGGGAACUCAACCUGUCUUUAAACCGGCUGUGCAACAUGACGUUCCAUGCUGCUGACUUCCCUCACCUCGAGGUUUUGGAUUUGUCCUACAACACUUUGUCAGCAGAUGACAUUGUGUCCAUCGGUCGCAUUCCACGUCUGAAGGUCCUUCAUCUGACUGGAAAUCAGCUUCAUCACCUUCCUCGUAAUCUGGCUUCUUCCAACCAUGACACCACUAAAAUGCCGGCUAAAGAAGAAGACACACACUUUAAAGCUCUUGAAGUCCUGGUGCUCGAUGAUAACAAACUGUCCUCUGCAGUCUUCAACAGUCUUAUGAACCUCAAGAGGCUAAAGUAUUUAAACCUACAGGGGAACCGCAUCUCUGAAGUACCAUAUUUGCAAAUAACGGGCGGCUCAACACCUUUGCAGACUUCUACUGUGGCGCAAGCUGAAGCAGCGGGACUCGCCUCCACUCAGCCAAAUCUUAACGCAGAUGAACAUGUCAAGAGACUCUCACAGAUCCUCCACAAGGAUGACUGGGAGGAGUACUGCAGAGGAUCCAGCUUUCCACUACCUCAGCUUCAAGUCCUCAAUUUAGCUGACAACAAGAUCGCAGGAGAAGAAGCUCUGAUGGCUGUCGCUCUUUUCCCAAUGCUUCUGGAGAUUGAUAUUCACUCCAACCCUCUGACCACGCGGAGAAGUGGAGACCCCCCCUUACUCACCUAUUACCUCCAAGAGAAGCUGGGCAUAACAAUAAAGCGUAAGAAGAAACAGGAUGUCGGGAAGCUCCCACUGAAGGUGUCCACUGAUGCAAAGUGGAAGGUGGAAGAAAGAAUCCUAAAGGUGUCAAAGAAGCCACUGGCGAUGGAUGCACCUCGUCCUGCUCAGGCUGAGAAAAGUGAGCUGCCUGUGGAGAGAACACCAGGAUCUGAAGGGAAGAGCAGCGGAGUCGACCCCCUCCAUGAGAGUACUGAGCACUUCUUUCUCACUCAGGCAACUGAUGUUCCUGAGUACGAGUUUGAUCUUCAAGCUGACGAGACAGAAACUAGAGAGAGGGAGGAGAGAACCAGGGACGAUGCCAUUCCUAAGAAAUUCACACAGCAUGAGGUGUUGAUGGACGUCAAACCAAAUCCUGAUGUGGUGCAGCCCGUUGGAAUUCAGACAGCUGUUCGGAUGCUGGAGCACACACUGAGGAAUCUUAAUGUUUACAGAGACUCGAAACCAAAACUUGAUUGCAUCCAGACACCAUACAGAGGAAGAGAGAAAAAGAUUAAAGAGCUUCCACCUUUUAAACCAACGAAGCAGCCAGCUGAAAGGGUCGAGGAGAUGAUCAAAGAAAUCAAAGAGAGUACAACAAUACGACGUGUGCCCUUAAGCAGUGCCGUACACAGCGCAGGUGUUAACAACCAAGAAGCUCUAUCGCUGCUGAGGGAUAUGAAGACAAAGUACAAGAUGAUCCAUAAGAAAACAAUGGAGCAAGCAGCCAGCAUUGAGUCCCAUAGAAAAGACAUAAACGCAGCUGAAACGCCACCAGUGCAGAUGCUCUAAUCCAUAUUCACAAGAGUUUGAUCUAAGUCUGACUUUCUUCUUAAAAGCAAACUUUAUUUUGAAGUUCACCAACAGGAAACCUGUAGCCAGACAAUAUAUUAAAGGUUUAGGCACAUGCUCCCUGCAUGGGGAGAGCUACAGGGUGCAUUAGCACAUAUGUAGAUGUGACCGUUUCUGUCUGAUUAAUGUGGUGACAAGCUUACAGUGAUGGCUUUGAGCAGCUGCGCCACCUCUGCUAUGACCAGUAUUAAUCCAGCAUGCAUGCAUAGUCUGCUUCAACCGUUUGCCAGCAGACAAUAAAAAGCUGGCCGGGUCGUCUUUGGGGGGAGUCAGUUUCAGCUGCUUGCGUACAUUUGUGUCUUUUCAGUCCAAAAACAGGUUUCUGUGUUGCCACUGGUCCAACGUGUGUCCAUAAGCAUGCCAUUAACAUCCCACCCUGUAGUUACUACUGAUUAACUAGUAACUAACUAUAUUGUUUGAUUCUUAUAAGAGGCAACAGGUGAUGUAUUCAUUACUUGAAAGUAGUUCUUGUUCCUUUUUGCAUGCCCUUGUGUGUCCACCUUUUGAGCUGCUGGAACUGCAAAUUUCUCUCUGGAGAUGAAUAAAGUAUCUAUCUAUAUAUCUCUAUCUAUAAUUAUCAGGCCUUAUGGGGCCUCCACCCUGCUGAAGUGUCCUCAAGCAA